CACUAAACAAGCAUAAGCUUUGUCCAUCAAGGAGCAUCUCUGUUGAGGCAUUCUCAGCUACUAAUAUCUUUAUUGUAGUCAAUACUUCAGCAAGCUGCAACGAUGAGCACAGAUGCAGAAAUGGAAAUAUUUGGGGUUGCAGCCCCCUUUCUCCGAAAAACAGAGAAAGAAAGGAUUGCAGACCAGACACGUCCAUUUGAUGCAAGAUCAGCCACUUUUGUUGUAGAUGACAAAGUUGGGUAUGUUAAAGGUACAAUCCAAAGCAAGGAGGGUAACAAAGUCACUGUUAAAAGAAGUGAUGGUCAAGUUGUAACAGUUAAGGAAGAUCAAGUCUUUCCACAGAACCCUCCCAAGUUUGAUAAAAUUGAAGACAUGGCCAUGUUAACACACUUACAUGAGCCAGGUGUGCUGUAUAACCUCAAAGAUCGUUAUGCAGCCUGGAUGAUUUAUACAUAUUCUGGCAUUUUCUGUGUCACUGUUAACCCCUACAAGCUGUUGCCAGUGUACAACCCAGAGGUGGUUGCUGGAUACAGGGGAAAGAAGCGUCAGGAAGCUCCUCCCCACAUCUUCUCCAUCUCUGACAACGCAUAUCAGUUCAUGUUAACUGAUCGUGAAAAUCAGUCAAUCCUAAUCACUGGAGAAUCUGGUGCUGGGAAGACUGUAAACACAAAACGUGUCAUCCAAUAUUUUGCAAUAAUUGCAGCUUUGGGUGAGAAAAAAAAAGAAGUUGAAGGCAAGAUGCAGGGAACUCUGGAAGAUCAAAUCAUUCAAGCUAACCCACUGCUGGAAGCAUUCGGUAAUGCCAAGACCAUAAGGAAUGACAACUCAUCCCGUUUUGGUAAAUUUAUCCGAAUCCACUUUGGAACUACAGGAAAGCUUGCCUCUGCGGAUAUUGAAGCCUAUCUUCUAGAAAAAUCUAGAUUAAUAUUCCAACUCCCUGCUGAAAGAAGUUUUCACAUCUUUUACCAGAUCACAAGUAAUAAGAAACCUGAGCUGAUUGACCUGCUUCUGAUUACUACUAACAUCUAUGACAUUCCAUAUGUAAGCCAGGGGGAGGUUACAGUGCCCAGCAUUGAUGACAGAGAUGAAUUAGUGAACACGGAUAGUGCAAUUGACAUCCUUGGCUUCACGGCAGAGGAAAAAGCUAGCAUCUAUAAACUGACAGGUGCUGUAAUGCAUUUUGGGAACUUGAAGUUUAAACAGAAACCACGAGAAGAGCAGGCUGAACCAGCUGGAUCAGAAGUGGCUGACAAAGCUGCAUAUCUCAUGGGCCUAAACUCAGCCGAUUUACUGAAGUCAUUGUGCCAUCCCAGAGUGAAGGUUGGACAUGAAUUUGUAACCAAAGGCCAGACUGUUGAGCAGGUCCAUAAUGCUGUUGGUGCUCUUGCAAAAUCCGUCUAUGAGAAGAUGUUCUUCUGGAUGGUGUUCCGCAUCAAUCAGCAGCUGGAUACUAAACAACAGAGGCAGUACUUCAUUGGUGUCCUGGAUAUUGCUGGGUUUGAAAUUUUUGAAUUUAACAGCUUUGAACAGCUCUGCAUCAACUUCACCAAUGAAAAGCUGCAACAGUUUUUCAACCACCACAUGUUUGUACUGGAGCAAGAAGAGUACAAGAAGGAAGGAAUCGAAUGGGAAUUCAUUGACUUUGGCAUGGACCUGGCUGCGUGCAUCGAGCUGAUUGAAAAGCCUUUGGGAAUUUUCUCAAUCCUUGAAGAGGAGUGUAUGUUCCCCAAGGCUACUGACCAUACCUUCAGAGACAAAUUAUAUGACCAGCAUCUUGGGAAGUCCAGCAACUUUCAGAAACCAAAGCCUGCUAAAGGAAAGAGGGAAGCUCACUUCUCAUUGGUGCAUUAUGCCGGUGUUGUGGAUUACAAUGUCACUGGGUGGUUAGAUAAGAACAAGGACCCCCUGAAUGAGACCGUUGUUGGCCUGUUCCAGAAAUCAUCGCUGAAAUUGUUGGCUUCACUUUAUGCUUCUUAUGUUAGUGCUGGUGGAGAAGUGACAGAGGAGGGUGGUAAGAAGACCAGGAGGAAGGGAGCUUCCUUCCAAACAGUAUCUGCAUUGUUUAGAGAAAAUUUAAACAAGCUGAUGACAAACCUGAGAACUACUCACCCUCACUUUGUCCGCUGCAUCAUUCCAAACGAGACAAAGACUCCAGGGGAAAUUGAUAACCAUCUAGUCCUACAUCAGCUGAGAUGUAAUGGUGUGCUAGAGGGCAUCAGAAUUUGUAGGAAAGGAUUCCCUAGCCGGAUCUUAUAUGGUGACUUCAAACAGAGAUACAGAGUACUAAAUGCCAGUUCUAUCCCGGAAGGACAGUUCAUUGAUAGUAAAAAAGCAUGCGAGAUUCUUCUGGCCUCCAUUGAUAUAGAUCACACACAGUACAAAUUUGGACACACAAAGGUAUUCUUCAAAGCUGGCCUCCUGGGCACUCUGGAAGAGAUGCGAGAUGAGAAACUGGCCCGACUUAUAACCCGUAUUCAAGCAGUUUCUAGAGGACAUAUCAUGAGAGUAGAAUUCAAGAAAAUGUUGGAAAGGAGAGAUGCUAUAUUUGCUAUUCAGUAUAACAUCCGUGCAUUCAUGAAUGUAAAACAAUGGCCUUGGAUGAAACUAUAUUUCAAGAUCAAGCCUUUGUUAAAGAGUGCAGAAGCAGAAAAGGAGGUGCAGGCUAUGAAAGAGGAAUUUGCAAAGAUGAAGGAAGAACUCGCGAAAGCUGAGGCAAAGAGAAAAGAACUGGAAGAAAAAAUGGUUGUUCUCCUACAGGAAAAGAAUGAUCUUGUUUUGCAGGUUCAAGCGGAAGCAGACAGUCUUGCUGAUGCUGAAGAGAGAUGUGAGGGGCUCAUCAAAAGUAAAAUACAUCUUGAAGCUAAAGUUAAAGAGGCACUGGAGAGGCUCGAAGAUGAAGAGGAAGCCAAUGCUGAACUGACUGCAAAGAAAAGGAAACUGGAAGAUGACUGCUUAGAAUUAAAGAGAGAUAUUGAUGAUCUGGAACUUACUCUGGCAAAAGUGGAGAAAGAAAAGCAUGUCACUGAAAACAAGGUUAAAAACCUCACUGAAGAAAUGACUGUUAUUGAAGACAAUAUUGUGAAAUUAACCAAGGAGAAGAAAGCCCUUCAGGAAGCACAUCAGCAAGCUUUGGAUGAUCUGCAAGCAGAAGAAGACAAAGUCAAUGCUCUGACCAAGGCCAAAGCUAAACUGGAACAGCAAGUAGAUGAUCUUGAAGGGUCUUUGGAACAAGAAAAGAAGGUCCGUAUGGACCUAGAAAGGUCAAAGAGAAAGCUUGAAGGUGAUCUUAAGUUGGCCCAAGAAACAAUAAUGGAUUUAGAAAAUGAAAGACAACAACAGGAGGAAAGACUGAAGAAGAAGGAAUUUGAAAUCAGUCAGUUACUUAGCAAAAUAGAAGAUGAACAAGCCCUUGGUUCUCAGCUGCAGAAAAAGAUUAAGGAGUUACAGGCACGUAUUGAGGAACUCGAGGAAGAAAUUGAAGCAGAACGUGCGGCACGUGCAAAGGCUGAAAAGCUAAGAGCCGAUCUGGCUAGAGAAUUGGAGGAGAUCGCUGAACGACUUGAGGAAGCUGGUGGAGCAACAUCAGUCCAGAUUGAAAUGAACAAGAAACGGGAAGCAGAACUCCUGAAACUGCGUCGGGAUCUUGAGGAGGCUACAUUGCAGCAUGAAGCCACAGCUGCUGCUCUUCGGAAGAAACAUGCUGACAGCGUUGCAGAGCUUGGGGAGCAAAUUGACAACCUCCAGCGUGUUAAACAGAAACUGGAGAAGGAAAAGAGUGAACUGAAGAUGGAAAUUGAUGACUUAGCAAGUAAUAUGGAAUCUGUUUCUAAAUCAAAGGCAAACCUUGAAAAGAUGUGCCAUACCCUGGAAGAUCAGUUGGGUGAAGCAAAAGCGAAGAGUGAAGAAAACCAACGCAUGGUUAAUGAUAUAAAUGUACACAGAUCCCGUCUUCAGACAGAAAAUGGAGAGUUUGCUCGUCAGAUAGAGGAGAAGGAUGUUUUAAUUUCACAACUCUCAAGAGGUAAACAAGCCUUUAUGCAGCAGAUUGAUGAUCUGAAAAGGCAAAUAGAAGAAGAUCUGAAGGCAAAGAAUGCCCUGGCCCAUGCUCUGCAGUCUUCCCGCCAUGACUGUGAACUGCUCCGAGAACAGUAUGAAGAAGAACAGGAAGCCAAGGCUGAACUUCAGCGAUCAUUGUCUAAGGCCAACAUAGACGUUGCUCAGUGGAGAACAAAAUAUGAAACAGAUGCCAUUCAGAAAACAGACGAACUUGAAGAAGCAAAGAAAAAGCUAGCACAGCGUCUACAGGAAGCAGAAGAACAGAUUGAGGCUGUAAAUUCCAAGUGUGCCUCACUGGAGAAGACAAAAGUGAGGCUGCAGAAUGAAGUAGAAGAUCUCAUGCUGGAUGUAGAAAGAUCAAACGCAGCAGCCGCAGCUCUGGACAAGAAACAGAGGAACUUUGAUAAGAUUCUCUCCGAAUGGAAACAGAAGUAUGAAGAGGGUCAGGCAGAGUUGGAUGCAGCCCUGAAGGAGUCACGUUCUCUGGGCACAGAACUCUUUAAAGUUAAGAAUGCUUAUGAAGAGUCUUUGGACCAGCUUGAAACUAUGAAAAGGGAGAAUAGGAAUCUACAACAGGACAUUUCCGAUCUAACUGAGCAGCUUGGGGAAUCUGGCAAGAAUAUCCAUGAGCUAGAGAAAGCUAAAAAGUUAGUUGAACAAGAAAAGUUUGACAUUCAGACUGCAUUGGAAGAAGCUGAGGCAUCCCUGGAGCAUGAAGAAGCUAAAUUUGUACGUAUUCAGGCUGAAUUAAAUCAGGUGAAAUCUGAUGUUGACAGAAGAAUUGCUGAGAAGGAUGAGGAAAUUGAACAGAUGAAAAGAAAUCAUCAACGGGUUGUGGAAACGAUGCAGCGUUCAUUAGAUGCUGAAGCCAGAAGCAGAAAUGAAGCCCUAAGAAUGAAAAAGAAAAUGGAAGGUGAUCUCAAUGAAAUGGAAAUUCAGUUAAGCCAUGCAAAUCGCCAGGCUGCAGAAGCACAAAAGCAGCUUCGAAAUGUACAGAAUCAGCUCAAGGACGCACAGCUACAUUUAGAUGAUGUCCUUAGGAGUAAUGAAGAUUUGAAGGAACAGGUUGCCAUGGUAGAGCGUAGAAGUAACCUCAUGCAGGCUGAGAUAGAGGAACUGAGAGCUGCAUUAGAACAGACAGAAAGAGCUCGGAAAGUGGCUGAACAGGAGCUCCUGGAUACUAGUGAACGAGCACAGCUUCUGCACUCUCAGAAUACCAGUCUUAUUGCUUCAAAGAAAAAACUAGAAGCUGGCAUUUCUAAUCUUCAAAGUGAAGUAGAUGAAGCAAUGCAGGAAGCAAGGAAUGCAGAAGAAAAGGCAAAGAAGGCCAUCACAGAUGCAGCCAUGAUGGCUGAGGAGCUGAAGAAGGAACAGGACACCAGUGCCCACCUGGAGAGGAUGAAGAAGAACCUGGACCAGUCAGUCAAGGACCUUCAACAUCGUCUGGAUGAAGCAGAGCAGUUAGCACUGAAGGGUGGAAAGAAACAGCUCCAGAAACUGGAAACUCGAGUUCGUGAACUUGAAAAUGAGCUUGAAGCAGAACAGAAACGUGGUGCAGAGGCUAUUAAAGGUGUACGCAAGUAUGAAAGGAAAGUCAAGGAGCUCACAUACCAGACCGAGGAAGAUAAGAAGAACAUUCUGAGACUACAGGAUUUGGUGGAUAAAUUGCAACUCAAGGUCAAGGCUUACAAGAGACAAGUUGAAGAAGUUGAGGAACAAGCCAAUACCAACCUCUCCAGAUUCCGGAAAGUUCAGCAUGAACUUGAGGAAGCUGAGGAACGGGCUGAUAUUGCCGAGUCUCAAGUCAACAAACUCAGGGCUAAAAGCCGUGAUGUUGGUGUUAAGAAGGGACCAGAUGAAGAGUGAAGAUACCUGCCUAUGAAAUACAGAUGAAGCUCAUAUAAUAUGAAUUUCCUCUGUGACAUCAGUGUCAUUUCUUAUUUUUGUAGUUUCUCAUUUUGUACUAUGUGUAGCAAUAAAUAGUUGCAUUUGUAAAAUAUAUAUACAUA